AGAGCUGGAGAAAGAGAGAGAGAGAGAGAGAGAGAGAGAGAGAUAAAGGAGGCUGUGUGUUUGUUUCACCUCCUAAUCAGUUUUCCUGUGGGAUCUAUCAUCGACUGCAGCAGAGGAGUCAAGUAGAAAAGCGGAAGAAGAAGAUAGUACAAUCCAGCCCGGCUAUAAUCUUCUCCCAUCACAAAUUUAACCCACAUACAAAUGACAGAAAUGGACGCCCCUCUCUCCACCCCAUGCAAUAUCCAGAUUUGUGAGGUGACCUGCGACUCCUUCCGCAUCAUGUGGGAUAUGACCCCCGAGGACACUGCCAGAGCCACACACUUCUUCAUUGACCUGAGCCGCAAAGAGAGCAGGGACCCCAACCGCUUUAAACACAGGGAUGUGCCAACCAAGCUAGUGGCCAAGGCUGUGCCUCUCCCCAUGGCAGUGAGGGGACACUGGUUCCUCAGCCCACGUACCGAGUACUGUGUGGCUGUUCAGACCGCUGUCCGACAGCCCGACGGCGACUACCUGGUGUCCGAGUGGAGCCAGGUGGUGGACUUCUGCACUGGAGACUAUGCCAUGGAGCACCUACAGCAGCUGCUUGACAAGGCCAAGGGCUCCGCAGGGAGGCUGCUGAAAUUCUCUGUGUUUUAUCGCAACCAGCACCCAGAAUACUUCGACUAUGUCAGGAGGGAAUGUGGAGGACUAAUGCGCCCAGCCCUAAAAGACAGCAGUGGGAGUCAUGGUUCUCCUAUUAACAGCAAACUGAACGGAGUCUUCUUCAGCUGCAACACAGAGUUUGAUACAGGCCUCCCCCCCAAAGACUCCCCGUACGGCCCCCUUCGUUUCCAGAUCCCAGCUGGACACCUCUUGAACCCCAAUAUCAGCCUGUAUUUUGCAGACUUCUACUGUAUGUACACAGCCUACCACUACGUGGUGCUGGUGCUGGCCCCUGUUGGCUCAGAGGGAGAUACCUUCUGUCGCACCCGCCUCCCUAUGCUGGACUUGGCCUCCAACCCCUUCCUGACAUACACUGCCCCCCAGAGGCCGGGGGAAGAGCCUCUCUACUCCCAUGCCAGCGACGUCAUCCUUGAGGUGCUUUUCACUGAGCCGGUUCCUUUGGAUCAGGGCAGUGUGGAGCUGAUCAGCGGGCACCACCAGCUCAUGAGUCUGACCACAGCCAACGCCAAGAAGGACCCAAGCUGCAAAGUGUGCAACAUCAGUGUGGGGCGCUGAUUUAAGACAGACCCGAGAGUGUGUGAGCCUACAGUGCUGAAAGACGCAGUUUUGCACAGGACAAAACGGUAGAGUUCACCAUGUGUAGGUCAGAACACAGUGGAAACAGCCCACCUCUCUGGGUGUGUGCAUGCUGUUUUCCCUCCUCCCUCCUGCCUGGACUAGAAUAGUGAGUAUUAGACUUUUACCAUGUGUAUCACACAACUCUGUCAUGACCACAGCUGGAAUCACAGUAAACAUCCAUCCAUCCAUCCAUCCAUGACUGCUGAACAAAACAUAAAAAACAUCAUAGGCUUUAGAAGAGAGGAGAAAAUCUGUGCUCCUCGUUUGUUGAGAGUCAUCUCUGCUCUCUGGGGUCUUUGUGGCAUUUUUGAAAUAUCUUCUUUUUUUUUUCCAGACCUCUUUAAUUUUUUUUUAAUUUCUCAAGAUGUGUUUGAUUUCAUUUUUUCAACUAGUUUGAUGUGAUUUGUUUUAAAUAACUUUGUGUGUGAUACAACCUUGAAGUGCGAGGAGCAAGGCCUUUUUAUAAAUCAGUGGUUUCACACAUUACAGAGGUCAUAACAAAUGAUUUGCUAUUUCUGCUUCUUGUAAUGCUCUCACUAUGAAUUCACUGCCAGAUGUUCUGACUUUUCAAAAAGACAUGAAUGCUACACUGCAUCUUUAACUUUAGUUUUCAGCAUCCCUGCCACAUGCUUUAAUCCUUCCUAAAAAAGUUAGUUGUAGAGUUAUAAAUAGGGAAUUCAUAGUAAUCAUUAAUGACACAGAUGUUUAAAUGUUGCACAACAGACUUUUACCGUAAAAAAAAAGAAAAAAGAACAAGAAAAAAAAGGUGCAAUGUGACUGUGAGAGGAGGACCACCGAGUAUGGUGGUGUUUUGGUCACUGGAGGAAGGUAAUGGGGAAGAUAUCAGAUAUCAAAGUUCCCUGCAACCAGUCUCUGACGGCAACUCUCUAUGAACAGGGCUGAGCUAAGAAUAGCUUCUCUCCUGCUUCUGUUUGCCCCUCGCCAGUAAUCUGACCUAUAUGGGAAUCCCACAAAUGCCCAAAGUGAAAGGGAUCCCCUUCCUGGUGCACAACAUUAAAACAUGGGCUGAUUAGUAGCCAACAUGUAGGACAUGAAGAGAGGGUGUGGACUGGAAAAACAAGGUCACCCCUUUGAUGCUGAAUGUGAAAAACAACUGGAAAAGAAAACUGAAUGCAAGGCCUGUUUUAAAGUUGUUGUUUUUUUAUAUACAAAGCAGGUACUGAAAUGUCUAAACAUUUAUGGAAAUAUACAUACCAAUUCAGAGUGGAAAUAAUGCAAAUGUAAUAAAAAAAAAAAAAAUAUCCACCUCA